UAUCUCUCCAAUUCAAUUCAAGAAAAAAGAAAAGGAAAAAGUCUAUCUCUAAAUCAAGAGGAUUCACAGUUGAAACUCUACAGCCAUGAAAGGAAGCAAUAGUAAGGGGAAGCCCUUUUGUCGUAUGUCUGAUGUUACAAAACCGCACAAACUUUGCCAACGAAUGGAUCCGCCGCUCACCGUGUGUAUCUCUUGCAAAGGCCAACCAUACGUUGGGAAUAGGCGUGGGUACUAUUACUAUUGUGCUACUUGUGGUGUUGAAUUUCACGAUGGUUGUCACUUGUUUCCUCCAGAGAUCAAACACCCUUUCCACCUCCACCACUCUCUCACCCUCACCUUCUUAGACCAUGAUCUUGAUAGCUCUGCGCUCCCUGAAAUUUGGUUUGGCCUAACCAUAGAUUCAUACAAUGAUGCUGUUGUAAAAGAAAAGAAUAGUCACUCUUCAACAGAUUCUUCUGGAGGAGAAGAAGAAGACAGUGCUUCAGAUGAUGACGACUCUGCUUCAGGUGAAGAAGACAGUGCUUCAGGUGAAGAAGACUCUGCUUCAGGUGAAGAAGACUGUGGUUCAGGUGAAGUAGUUUGUGCUUCUGAAGAAGAAGACUCUGCUUCAGAUGGGAAUCAUAAAAAAUGCAAAUCUUGUCGGAAAAGUAUUACAUAUAACAGCAACAUCAAGUAUGUUCGUUUUUCCGAUAUAACAUAUUAUCAUUGUUCUAUCUGCAAUUUUAGUCUACACUCACUUUGCAUAAAGGAUUCACCACCUCUCACUAUUGAAAACCUAAAAAGCCAUGAGCACGCUCUUACCCUUUUUCCUAGAAAACUUCCUCUGCCCUGUGAUGCUUGUGGCUUUUCACUUGACGCUCGCAAUGAUUCAGUUUACUCUUGUCUGCUUUGUAACUACAUGGUACAUAGAAGAUGUAUCUACUUACCUCGUGUCAUUAAGAUCACCCGUCACCAGCAUCGACUCUCUUACACUUCCUCCCUUGUUCCUUCUGGUGAUGAGCUCUCUUGUGGUGUUUGUCGCAAACUCGUUGACGUCAACUACGGUCAAUUCUCUUGCAACAAGGGAUGCCACUAUGCUGUCCAUUCGAAAUGUGCAACAAAAAACGAAGUGUGGGAUGGGAAAGAUCUUGAAGGAGUGCCUGAAGAAGAAGAAGAAGAUGUUGAGCCAUUCGUGAGGAUUGAUGAAGAUACAAUACAACAUUUCAGUCACGACCAUCACCAUCUAAAGAUCCAUCAUGGGAAUGGUAACCAUGAAAACAAGUUUUGCCAAGCCUGCAUCCUUCCCAUAACAGUUUCAGAUAGCUUCUACAGCUGUGCGGAAUGCGAUUUUGUUCUCCAUGGAACAUGUGCAUGCCUUCCUCGCAUAAAACACCAUCCACUACACAAACACCCGCUCAGCCUCUACCAUUUACACUAUCCUCAUCUCAAAGAGCUCCAGUCUAAAUAUUACGACCUUGGUUUCUUCGUGUGUAAUGGUUGUAGCCAAAAAUGCUGUGGUUUCAUGUACAAGUGUUGCGAAAAGGGUUGUGUAUUUCAACUAGAUGCAAGGUGUGCUUCCCUUCCUGACCCUAUAAUCCAUGACUGCCAUCCACAUGAUCACCCACUCUUCUUCAAUUUGACCGAAGGUAAAUGCAUGGUUUGUAAGAUUACCUCUGGAUUAAGAAAGUCCUUAGAAUGUAUUGAAUGCAGGUCCUUUUUGUGUCUUACUUGUGCUACUCUGCCUCUGGUGGCUCACUACAAGUACGAUAAACAUCCACUCACCCUUUGCUGCGGAGAAGAGAAGACAACAGAUCUCCAGUACUGGUGCGAGGUUUGUGAAUCAGAAAUAGAUGCAAAAAAGUGGUUCUACACAUGUAACUCUUGUUCAGUCACUCUUCACGUUACAUGUUUACUGGGAGAUAAUAUCUACAUGAAGCUAAACCAUGUGAUCAAGAUGUAUGAAGGUGCUGAAACAAGUAUUGAUAUUGUUCCCAACAGUGGUAACUCUAGACCAAUGUGUGAUGGAUGUAGACGCCGUUGUGUGGACACUAUGGUAGUCAAGUCGACUGGGAAAAACUAUUGUACUAUCAUGUGUUUCUUUGAUAUAUAUUAUCCAUGGUAGGACUUCUCCAAUGGAAAGAUGGACUAAGGCAGCGACGAUUAAAGAUGCUAUACGAACAAAUUUAGUCCAAACAGUUUGGAGGUUUUGUUCUUCAUAUAUGAAUAAAAGACAUAAAG